UCAUUACCAAUGAAUAUUGAAUCAAAAUUUUAUUUAAUUUAAAAAAUUGUAUUCGUGUCUGGCGUGAUUUCGUAGAAGUAAAUGACAAUACACAUGUGCUAAUAGUAGCACAAUAAUAUAGCUCGAAUAAUGGAACAGGAAAUACUGGAUGAAGAAUUUCGCUGCUACAUGCGUGUAGCGCGUUCACUCGAAGGAACAUUGAAGCGGCCCAAAGAUCGCGAGUGUUGUAAGCAACUGUUAAAAAAUUGUGAACGUCUGAAUAGCGUAGACAAUGUUAUGGUUAAAAAAAAUACAAACGUUUUUAUGAAAUACUUGUUGAAAGUGAUUAAUUGGACAAGUGUGCAUCAGCCACUGCAGCUAUAUGAUAAAUGGUAUCAAGGUUCAAAAACUGAAGUUAAAUUGUGGCUUCAGGAUAACAAAUCAUAUAUGGCUGUUAAAGAAAUGCCAAACGGUGCGCUCGCAAUAUACUGUGCCGUUGCUAAUUCACCAAGUGCCGGUUGGCAAGAUGGUGCAUUGAAAAUUAUGAAAGAUUCUAAAGAUCCAGAUGCAGAAGAAAUGUGAAGUUCUAUUGUUGU